AUGCCACUCGGUAAAGUGGAGAGUUUUCAUGUCGGUACACAAGAUUGGGACGCGUACGUGCGGCGCGUUAUACAAUUUAUCGCGCUAAACAACAUCGAACGUAACCUACACGUGGCCACGUUGGUCACUUUAGUUGGUGCGGAUUGUUACGCGUUAAUGUGUGAUUUGUGUUCUCCUGUGCAUCCUGAAGAUAAAACAUUCGACGAGUUAGUAAAGUUAGUAAAAGAUCAUUUGGAACCCGAGCAAUCCGAGAUAGCUGAAAGACAUAUUUUCCGGCAGAGAAAGCAACAGCAAGGCGAAGGCGUCAAAGUUUACCUACAGAAUUUAAAACAUCUCGCUAAGACGUGCAGUUUCGGGGCACAGCUUGAAAUUAAUCUAAGAGAUCAGUUUGUCUCGGGAUUAAUCAGCGAGGAGAUGCGUUCGAGGCUUUUUGCGGAAAAGAAUAUUGAUUAUCGUCGCGCGGUGGAGUUAGCGUUGGCGCUGGAGGCGGCGGAGCGGCAUGCGACCACGGCAUGCGCUACGGUCGCUCCGGGCGCGCGCGCACUCUCGGACGGCGCGUUCAACGACGACGGCCUACACCGGGUGGGCCCCGUGCGCGGCUCGCAGGUGGCGGGCGGCGGCAGCGGCAACGGCGUGGCGGGCCGUCGGGCCUGUGCGCGCUGCGGCAAGGGUCAUCCGGGGAGGUGUCGCUAUCGAUAUCAUUCAUGUGAUUUGUGCGGCCAAAAAGGCCAUUUAAAGGCAAUGUGUGAAAUGCAAAAAAGAAGUGAAGUGAGUGCGAGAGUAAAACAAAAUAGAGGUCAGAUUUAUUUUAAUAAUUCCACUUCCGAAAGCGAGAAUGAUUGUCACUUUUAUAAUAUAAUUAGCGGUGGAGAUGAGGGCCCCUAUUAUGCUCUUUUGAAUAUUAACAACGCAAGCCACAAAUUUGAAAUUGAUACGGGCAGCAAAAUUUCAGCCAUAUCGCAACAAUACUACAACAAAUUCUUUAGUAUUUUUCCCAUUCAAAGUAAAACUUUAAUAUUAAAGUCUUACACUGGUGAUAUUAUAGAGACGAUCGGUUACAUUUUAGUCGAUGUGGUAUGCGGUACCAAAUCUGCCAAAUUAAAGUUGCACGUUGUACCAAAUGGGGGCCCUCCUCUCAUGGGCAGAGCUUGGAUAAAAGAAUUAAAGUUAUCUGUUAUUCAAUGUCAUAAUUUGUGUAGUGAAGACUCUAUUGCUCUUAGCCUAAAAGAGGAAUAUCCCGAAGUGUUUGCGGAGGGGCUAGGCACUUUUAAAUCGCGAUUCCGUUUGCGUUUAAAAGACGACACGCCUGUGUUUGUUAAGGCGCGUGCGCUGCCGCUAGCACUUCGGGAGCCGGUUGCGCGCGAACUCGAUCGCUUACAGCGGGAGGGUGUUAUUUACAAAGUAGACAGAUCUGACUACGGGACACCUAUAGUCCCGGUUGUCAAAUCAAAUGGUUCGAUUCGUAUUUGUGGUGAUUAUAAAAUCACUUUAAAUCCGCGUCUUAAAGAUUUUCAUUACCCGCUGCCUCGGAUCGAGGACCUAUUCGCCGCACUGGGUGGAGGUGAGCAGUACACUAAGCUCGAUCUGUCUAAUGCUUUUCAGCAGUGUGUUCUAGAAGACGAAUCACAACCGAUGACGGCAAUCACGACUCACAUGGGCACUUUUGUUUAUAGGCGCGUUCCUUUUGGCAUCAAAUGUAUACCUGAAAAUUUUCAGAAAAUUAUGGAAGAAACGUUGAGCGGAUUGCCCUCAACGGCAGUAUUUGCUGACGAUAUUUGUGUAACGGGUAAAGAUAAAAGCACACAUUUAAGUAAUUUAAAGGCGGUGUUACAACGACUGAAAGAAAAUGGUUUAAGAAUAAAUUGGUCUAAAUGUAAAUUUUUUAAAGACAGCGUUACUUAUUUGGGCUAUAAAAUAGAUAAAUUCGGUUUGCAUACAGACGAUAAAAAAAUUGAAGCUAUUGUUGCAGCACCGCCUCCAACUAAUGUAUCACAAUUAAAAAGCUUCAUGGGCUUAGUUAACUUUUAUGCAAAGUUUUGUAAAAAUAUGAGUGAUAUUUUAAAUCCGAUGUAUAACCUUUUAAAAAAAAAUGUAAAGUGGAAUUGGGAUGAAAAGUGUAUGAACGCCUUUAUUAAGAUAAAAAAGGUAUUGAGUAGUUCCCCGGUGCUGGCGCAUUACGACCCGAACCUGCCGCUCAUACUGGCGGUCGACAGUAGCCCGUACGGCUUGGGCGCAGUGCUGCUGCAGCGCGGCGCGGACGGCGCCGAGCGGCCGGUGUGCUGCGCGUCCCGCACGCUCGCGCCCGCGGAGCGCAACUAUGCGCAAAUAGAUAAGGAAGCGCUCGCCAUUGUGUUCGGUGUGACGAAACACCACCAGUACCUAUACGGGCGGCAUUUCAUUUUGCGCAGCGAUCACCGCGCUCUGAGUUACAUAUUUGGGAAGAAUCGGGGCAUCCCGUUGACUGCGGCGAGUCGCUUACAGAGAUACGCGGUCAAAUUAUGUGCGUACGAUUUCGAAAUUGAGUUCGUUAGGUCUAUUGAAAACUGCCAGGCCGAUGCGCUCUCUCGACUCCCCUUGAGCUCGACAAGCGGUCGAGUCAAGAGCGAGACGGAAAGAUGUAGCUAUCUUAAUUUUAUUCAAGAAAAUUUUCCUGUCAGUUUUAAAGAAAUCAAGACUGAGAUCGCGAAAGAUCCUUUAUUAAGUAGAAUCUACGGCUACAUGGUACUAAAAGAGAUACACGACGGACAUCCCGGUAUAGUUAAAAUGAAACAAAUCGCUCGUAACUAUGUGUACUGGGACGGCUUAGACGCCGACAUUGAGCGCGUGUCGGCGCAGUGCACGGCGUGCGUGUCGCAGCGCCCCGCGCCGCCCGCCGCGCCGCUGCACUCGUGGCCCUGGCCCGCCGAGCCGUGGUCGCGUUUGAAUAUCGACUUCUUGGGACCGUUCAAUAACACGUAUUACUUAGUUAUCGUAGAUGCUCAUUCCAAAUGGAUCGAGGUCGAAAAGUUGCAGACCAUAUCCGCAGCAGUCGUUAUAGGUCGUUUGAGGCAACUAUUCGCUAGGUUCGGGCUCCCAAAAAUUAUACAAAGUGACAAUGGCCCGCCGAUGUCGUCAGCGGAGUUCGGUUUGUAUCUUAAACAAAACGGUAUCAAACAUAACCUCAUAGCCCCAUAUCACCCUAGUAGUAACGGGGCCGCUGAAAAUUCGGUACGUACUAUAAAAAGAGUUCUUAAAAAAGCUGUUGUUGAGAAAAUGGAUGACUUAACUGCGCUCAGUAGAUUUCUUUUUACGUAUCGAAAUACGGAGCACAGCACCACGGGGCGAGAGCCCGCCGUGGCUAUGUUCGGUCGGCGGCUGCGCGGCCGCCUCGACCUACUGCGGCCCGACGCCGCCGAGCGCGUGCGCGCCGCGCAGCAGGCGGCCGAGCGCCGCACCGCGCCGCCGCACGCGUUGCGCGAGGCGCGGCCCGGCGACGCGGUGCUCAUACGGGAUUAUGCUAGAAAUAGUUCUAAAUGGGCGGAGGGUGAAGUACUAGAGCGUAAAAGUCCUGUGUCCUAUGUAGUUAAGGCUAAGGAUGGCCGGAUACAGAAACGCCAUAUCGAUCAAAUCCUAACAGACAAACGCAAGUCUCGGCAUUCGCUAGCUCUAGUGGCUCCUAUUGGUGAAGAUACUCCCAGCUCAAUGACUAAUAAGCCUGUGGAAACAGAACAAUUGGAAGUUGGUUUGGCUGAUAUUGGAGGAGGUUUAGUUUCUAAUAGUGUGGAAUGUGAAGAAACUAAACUUCCUGGGCUGGAAGAAACUGAGGAUACCACCGUCGGACUUGUAUUCCCGUACUGGGGCGUCACGGUCAUGUUUGUGGUCACGGUCGGCCUAUAUGGGACCGAGGGUCUUGCCUUAACCGGUCGGACUGCGAGGAAGAAAACCUCUAUAAAAAAACACCCCGAACCCCAAGCGGCGGCGCACCGCGAGGGGAUGCAUGGCAUCACUGGAGUGCACCAUGCUAGAGCAGAGAGCCGGGCGAGGGGGAUACGGCCGGCUUUGAAUAUGCUGGUACAGGUUAUGACAGGCCAUGGCUGCUUCGGUCAUUACCUUUACCGAGUCGCAAGGAGAGAACCGACCCCGUUGUGCUAUGAGUGCGGUGCUGCGGACGACACGGCUCAGCACACCCUUGAGGGGUGCAGCAAGCGGGGUCCCCAGCGCCGCACUCUAGUAGCGGCCAUCGGCGGGGACCUCUCGCUGCCCAGUGUAGUGCUUGCCAUGCUGAGCAGCGAGAGCGCUUCGUUAGCCGUGCCCGACUUCUGCGAGGACGUGAUUUCGCAGAAGGAGGCCGCGGAGCGGGUGCGUGAAGAGGCUCCAGACGCGCAUCCGCUCCGGCGUAGACGAGUGGGAAGAAGACGGCGCCAAUUUGAAGCCAGCCAGCUUCUCUUGCCUUCACAAGCUUCCUUGGCUAGCUACCGGCGCUUCACAAGCUUCUCUACGAUCUGA